AUGGCAAGAACUACAAAGUUUACUGAGGAUGGCCACGGUGUUGUGGCGGAUUCGGCGUUCCCGGUCAGCGGUGGUUUGAUCGGCAAAAUUCGCACACCGCUGAAGGACGGAGACCUCGAGCGAGCCCCGGCAUGUCGCAACGGUUUGUUGCUUAUGAGCAACGCCAUCACUGCUCUGCGACAAGCCGCAGAAUGGGGUAUGGGCGCUGUGGAGCAAGUGUAUCGACAACUUUUAUUGCCAUUGCCGUACAACCCUGAGCAGCAACAAAUGCGCUUGCACAACAUCUUCAAGUUGUACAAUUUCCGUGUGCGACGCACUGGCGUGGUGGGCCCAAAGUAA